GAGUUGGACAGGACUGAGGGAGCAACAAGGACAGCACAACGAGAGAACAAGACACCAGAGAGAAGACCAAUCCAAGGCUUUGGAGUAUGAAUAGACACAUAGCAGCGCUUUUUCUUUUGGCACUGGGCUUUCUUGUGUGCGAAGGUAACCCGUGCUGCUCAGAGCCAUGCCAGAACAGGGGUGUGUGUACAGCUCUUGGAUCAGAGGGUUAUGAAUGUGACUGCACACGAACUGGAUAUUAUGGACCAAACUGCACAACACCUGAAUUUUUCACCUGGUUGAAAGUAUCCCUGAAGCCAUCGCCCAACACCGUCCACUACCUUCUCACCCACUUCAAGGGCUUCUGGAACAUCAUCAACAACAUCUCAUUUCUCAGGGAUGGUGUCAUGAGAUAUGUUCUGACUUCCCGGUCCCAUCUGAUUGAUAGUCCCCCUACUUUCAAUGCGGAUUAUGGCUACAAAAGCUGGGAAGCCUACUCCAACCUUUCCUACUAUACACGCACCCUCCCCCCUGUGCAUAAGGAUUGCCCAACACCUAUGGGAGUAGUAGGUAAGAAGGAGUUGCCUGACAUCCGGAUCUUGGCCGAGAAGCUCCUCAUGAGGAGACAGUUCAUCCCUGACCCUCAGGGCUCCAGCUUGAUGUUUGCCUUCUUCGCACAGCAUUUCACCCACCAGUUCUUCAAAUCGGACAUGAAGAAAGGGCCUGCCUUCACUCAAGCUAAAGGCCAUGGGGUGGACCUCAACCACAUCUAUGGAGAAACCCUGGACAGGCAACACAAGCUCAGACUCUUUAAGGAUGGCAAACUUAAAUAUCAGAUAGUGGAUGGAGAGAUGUACCCCCCAACAGUAAAGGAUGUCGGUGUUGAAAUGCACUACCCUCCUCAAGUGCCUGACUCUCACCGCCUCGCCGUGGGUCACGAGGCUUUCGGACUAGUCCCCGGCCUGAUGAUGUAUGCCACCAUCUGGCUCCGGGAACACAACAGGGUGUGCGACGUGUUGAAGGAGGUCCACCCCGACUGGGACGACGAGCGGCUCUUCCAGACCACAAGGCUCAUUCUGAUCGGAGAGACGAUCAAAAUUGUGAUUGAAGACUAUGUGCAGCACCUGAGUGGCUAUAACUUCAAGCUGAAGUUUGAUCCUGAGCUGCUGUUCAACCAGCGCUUCCAGUACCAGAACCGCAUUUCAUCAGAGUUCAACACCCUGUAUCACUGGCACCCACUGAUGCCUGAUACUUUCCACAUUGAGGAGCAGGUUUACAACUAUCAACAGUUUGUCUUCAACAACUCCAUAGUGAUGGACCACGGCAUUAACAACCUGGUGGAGUCCUUUACCAAGCAGAUUGCUGGACGGGUUGCUGGUGGUCGAAAUGUCCCCGGGGCGAUUAUGCAUGUGGCCAUGAAGUCGAUAGAGCAUAGCAGGACUAUGCGCUUCCAGUCCCUGAACGCCUACAGGAAACGAUUCUCCAUGAAGCCCUACAGCUCCUUUGAGGACCUCACAGGAGAGAAAGAGAUGGCUGCAGUGCUGGAGGAGCUGUACGGACAUGUCGACGCUGUGGAACUCUAUCCAGGCCUGCUGGUGGAGAAACCCAGGCCCAACGCCAUAUUUGGAGAAACCAUGGUGGAGAUGGGGGCCCCUUACUCCCUCAAGGGUUUGAUGGGAAACCCCAUCUGUUCUCCAGAGUACUGGAAGCCGAGCACCUUUGGCGGCAGCGUGGGCUUCGACAUCGUCAACACCGCCUCCCUGCAGAGGCUGGUCUGCAACAAUGUCAGAGGUCCCUGUCCUGUGGCGUCCUUUCACGUGGCUAACAUAAACGACGUGGGCUCUGUCACCAUCAACUCAAGCACAUCCCAGUCACGCAGCAAUGAUAUCAACCCCACUGUCAUUUUGAAAGGAAGGACUACUACUGAGCUCUAAUUUUCUUCUUUUUAUUGUGUUUGUUAUAGGGGUUUUAUAUAGAUUUAUUUAUUUAUUUAUUCCGUAUUUAUUGUUGUAUUUAUAAUAUACUUUAUAAAAUGCAAAGAUGACUUUUUAUACUUCAUUUUGUAUAUUUUUGUAAGGUUAUCAAGUUUUUUUUCCUAUUUAUUGAGAGAAUUAAUGUAUUGUAUACUGUAAUACAGGAAUAAUGACCUCAAAAGUAGCACUGACAGUGUUGUUGAUUUUAAUGUGUUUAACAACUUGAUACUUGAAUUUUGGUUUACUUUAGUUUGCAGUUACAUUAAAGUUCUAAUGAUGCCUUAAA